AUGUUGACAAAGUUCUAUCAGCACAUUCUGGCCUUGGCCUUUGCUGUAUAUGAGAUCAACAAAGCCCCCAAGAUCUUGCCCAACGUCACCCUUGGGUUCCACAUCUAUGACAGCUACUAUGAUGAGAAGAUGACCUACCGUACCACUCUAGACCUUCUAUAUAAAGUGCUUAGAUAUUUUCCCAACUUUGAGUGUGACACCCACAAAAAUCUAAUGGCCGUCAUUGGGGGAGCUGGCUCAGAUAUCUCCUUACACAUGGCCAACAUUCUCAGUCUCUACAAAAUCCCACAGCUCCAUCAGUUUCUUCAAGGCAUUUCCUUUAACAACUCAGCAGGUGAAACAGUGUCUUUUGAUGAUGAUAUGGCAAUGGUGGCUGAAUUUGACCUCACAACCCUGAUCACCUACCCAAACAAGUCCUUCCAGAGGGUGGAAAUUGGAAGUGUGCAUCCUGAUGCUGCUGAAGGAGAAGAACUGAUCAUUCAUGAAGAUUUAAUUGUUCCUCCCCUUUCUAUGUGCAAUGACUACUGUCAUCCUGGUGAUCACAAGAAAAAAAAGGAAGGGGAGAAAUUUUGCUGUUACGAUUGUGUUCCAUGCCCAGAAGGGAAGGUUUCAAAAGAGGAGGACAUGGAGGACUGUAUUAAAUGUCCAGAUGAUCAGUAUGCAAGUGAGAGCAGUGAUCGAUGCAUUCCCAAGACAAUCAACUUUCUGUCUUAUGAAGAACCUUUAGGAAUCAGUUUGGCUUCAAUUACAGUUUCUUAUUCUCUCAUCACAGUCUUGGUUCUAGGAACUUUCAUUAGGCACAAAGAUACCCCCAUAGUGAAAGCAAACAACCGAGAUAUCACAUACACUCUUCUUAUCACUCUCUUGCUAUGUUUCCUUUGUCCUUUGCUCUUCAUUGGUGACCCAAGCAAGGUGAACUGCUUCUUCCGACAACCAGCUUUUGGCAUCAUCUUCUCAGUGGCUGUUUCUUGUGUGUUGGCCAAAACCAUCACCGUGGUGGUAGCUUUCAUGAUCAUUAAACCAGGAUCCAGGAUCAGGAAGUGGGUGGGGAAAAGACUGACCAACUCCAUUCUCCUGUCUUGUUCCUUCAUUCAAGUAGUCAUUUGUACGAUAUGGCUAGGAACAUCUCCCCCUUUCCCACAUAUUGACAUGCAGUCAUUGACUAGAGAGAUCACUCUAGGAUGCAAUGAAGGGUCUGUCAUCAUAUUCUAUACAGUCUUGGGCUACAUGGGUCUUCUAUCAGUCAUAGGUUUGAUUGCGGCUUUCUUUGCACGGAAGUUACCAGACAGUUUCAAUGAAGCCAAGUACAUCUCCUUCAGUAUGCUGAUCUUUUUCAGUGUUUGGGUGACUUUUGUUCCUACGUAUUUGAGCACCAAAGGGAAAUACAUGGUAGUUGUGGAGAUCUUCUCUAUCAUAGCAUCUGGGGCUGGUUUACUGGUUUGUAUCUUUUCCCCCAAAUGCUACAUUCUUCUGCUGAAGCCAGGGUUGAAUAAGAGGGAGCAACUAAUAAGAAAAAACUAUUAA